AUGCCUGUACUGACCGGCCCUACUCUUCUUCUCCCUCCAUUGGCCUCUCCUUCCCCAAUGUCGUACCCUCCUUCGGACCCUCGUCGUGGUCACGAGCGGCCAGUCCUGCCUCCCAUUCAGGACUUGAUAAGAGAGAUUUCGUCUCCUCGCGCCCCACCAGAAUCCCCGGCCACGACGCUUGCCCGCUUACGAGUUAAUGAAGAGGAUAGAUAUAACCCUGCAACCUAUCCUCGGUCUUCCAGCUCAAGGCCACCAUCUCGAUCUCACCCGGACCCAUCUUCCUACGCGUCCUCAACAACGCGUUACCAUACUGUUCCGUACGACAGAUCGCGAGCUAACCCUGGCUUGUACCCGGACUACCAACAGCAACAACAACAGCAACAACCUCGGACAGUGUCGUAUGACAGGGCUUAUUCGACAUACGACCCACGGCCUGGUCCAUCCCAUCCACAAGGCUACUAUCCACCGCCAACAAUGCCGACCAGUAUUGCCGUCCCCCAUUAUCAGCCUUCGGGAGUUCCCGCUUAUGCAACCCCCGAAAGCUCUGCGACCAAGUACGAAUGCCCAUACUGCGGAAAGGGCUUCACUCGACCCAGUAGUCUGAAGAUUCACCUCAACAGCCAUACGGGAGAGAAACCCUUCGUUUGUCCCGUUGAGGGUUGUGGUCGGAGUUUCAGCGUGCUUAGCAACAUGCGUCGGCAUGCCAGAGUCCAUGUUGCUCCCUCGGCAAUGGAUGUUGACGGCACUCCAUCACUUCACCCAACAACCUCAUCAUCUUCAUCAAGGACCCACCGUCGUCGCACAAGUAGUGCAAGCUCCAACUCCCGACGAAGCCAUAGCGUCUCUUCUGACGAAGAGGAGGAAGAUUUUGGUCGCCCAGAGCAACGGACUCGCCAGGGCAGGUAG